UAUUAACUACUAGAGUAUACAUAAUGUAAAAACUUAAUAAUCUUGAAUUAAAAAUAUCGUACAUUCGUACGCGGUAUUUAAUAUUCUUAUUUAACACACUUGACUAUACUAUCAUAUGUGGUUAUAUACGCAUACGUAGCGUAUAUAUAUAAUAACUAUAUAACCAUAGUUUCAUCUAUAUUCUGUUCGUGUUCUGUUCUCUCGUAGUACUGUCGUUAAUGUGCAUUGUGAGUUUGUGAGAUGCUAGCCAGCUACGUUUAAAGAAAGCAUAGGUUGGUGUGGGUGUGCAACUGCUGGAAGGCAGCCGCACAAGUGAAAGGGUGAUGGCAAGGAGGAGUGGUGAUUUUCAGUGAUCUUUAACAAAUGGCUCUGUCCGAAGUGCACAAUUUGGCUGCAAUUAUCAGCAACAAUGGUUUUACUGUUAGCAAGAAUAAUGUGGUUGACCGCAAUAUCAACAUGUUGGAACCACGAAACAGUUAUCCAGCUGACAGAUGUAAUACAGAAUAUAAUUAUUGGAACUACGACUUAAUGGAAUGUAAUACACAAAAAAAUAUGAAUGUAGAAGAUGAAGAUAGUCAGGAUUUAAACAAUCCUAUGGUCAAUGAUUUAGUGUCAAAAAUUCUUGAUGAUGAUUCAAUUGUUGGUGACAAUGCUCACAAUAUUAGUUAUAAUGGCAAUAUUCAAUAUUAUUCAGAUACUCAAUCCUGUAUUAUGGAAAAUAGUACAGAUCCCAAUUUUACUAUGGAUCGUUUCAACAUGCAUUCAACAUUUAAUAAAUUGCCGAAUAAUGUUUCUAAUAAUGUUAAACCUGAAUGUAAUUAUAACAAUCUCUGUGGAGAACUUAAAACAUUGAGUCUCAACACAUGUGUAGGACAAGUAUCAGAUCAAGGAAAUUUAUAUAACAAUGGGAUUGGUGCAUAUCCUAAUACGUAUCCAUCUGAUUCACAAUCAUAUAUAUUACGUCCAAAUAGUGAAAAUUGCUGUGUUAGUGGAAAUACUAUGCCUUUAUGCAAUGAUUUAUUAACAACUACAAAUGAGACAAACUCAAGUAAACAGUCUAACUGGACAGAAAAUUUGUCAACACCAGGAUGCACAUCAGAUCUAUUUGGAAAUUAUCAACGAAUACAAAAUUCCACAAACCCAGAUCUUAAUUUGAACAUGGCUCUAACAUUGGCACUAGAUUCACCUGAUCCAAUUACUCUGAAUGAAUUAGAAUAUCAUAAUAAUAUUGGACAGAAUGGAACUGCUAAUACAUAUAAUAAUCCAACACCUUCUAUGCAUGAAUUAUACAGCAUGACUGCCAAUAAUCAAAGUUAUAGACCAAGUUCAGCAAUGACUGAUUUGAGUAUUGAUUCUGGCUUUCUUUCAAAUUCUCCCUUACAACAUUUUUCUCCAGCUGAUACAAAUUUGCAUAAUUGUUUUGGGAAUAAUAUACAACGGAGUAAUGCUAAUGAUUAUAAGGAUUUACAUGACUCAAGUAGAUUAAGCAUGGCAAAUAUCUCCAUACCAAAUGAGCAACUUCAAUUUUUGCAACAACAAGCUCGUAGCUACAAGUUAAAUCAAGCUGUGGACCAAGAAUUUAAACAACUAAUCGACUAUUAUCCAAGUGUAAGCGACUUUACCACAUCAUCGAUCAAUAAUUUAGACACAAACGAAAAUUGUCUUACUAAUAAUGAUUAUAGAAUUGAUAAUAAUUUACUGAAAAUUAUCAGUCCAAAAUCAAAGACUAUUGAAUCUAAGACAUAUUCACCAAUUGGAUUUCCAAAAAAUCUAAGUUCGCGUAACACCCACCAGUCAAUUGCAAAAUAUGGAUAUCACAAUUAUCAACAUUACACUGCCAAUAACGGCGAGACUUUAAAAAUGUUACCACAAAGUUCCACAUCUUAUCAGGACUUGAAGCAGCCUAAUAGUACUAAUACGUAUAAGAUGGAAGGAUUUGAUCUUACCAAAGAUAUAGCUUUUCCUUCAGUAAGCCAUUUGACUAAUCAAAUCGCAGGGUCUUCAGUGAACAAAGAUACUUUUAAUUAUCUCAUGAAACAACGACAUCACAUGCCAAGAAUACAAAACAGUCCUGGUAUUCCAUCUGCUGAUGUCCUCUUUAAUUCAGGAAUAGUACCAAAUCCUGGUACAGUAAGAUCUGGAGUAUUCCCACCAGUAAUGCCAGUUCCUGUACCACUUCCAGUUCCACGUCUAUUUUCUGUACUCUAUGGUGGAGGCCUGAGCCUUAGAAAUGGAAGUGGAGCAGCUAGACGUACAGCACCUUCGAGCAUAUUGCACUUCAGACUAGAGCAAACUUACGAACAAUUUAAACAAUUAGAGAAAGAACGAAAGAAAUGUGAAGCUGGGUUAGCUGCUCAUUUUCCUGGCAAGAGAGUGACAAGUGCAAAUAAUAUACCUAUUCCUCGCCUUCAAGGAAAUCCAUCACGUGUCGAUCGUUUAAUCAUUGAUUAUUUGAGGGAGCAUGCACGCGUCAUAACUUUGAUUGCAAAGAUGGAACGUUUGCGAGGGACCACGAUGAAUCAACGCGUACAUAAAGCUAUGGAGUAUUGGUUAGAAGCAAUAAAAUUUGUCCAAGAAUGUCGUAAACGAGAAAUCGCAAAUGCUACUAAACGCCAAAAAGAGAACCCACCGUGCAUUCUUGUAUACAACGAUAAUGAUAUAUUAACAUUGGCAGCCAGUGUCUACGAAUUGACGAAGGCAUCUCGAUAUGCAAGAACUGGUAUGUAUAACGCAUUACAAGCUACACUAUUAUAUGAUUUGGACAUAGAAAAGAAAGUCGUGGAAACUUCUAAAGAUCCAGUUCUUGUGAUAAAACGUAAUGAAAGUCAGAUAGUAGGUGACGUUGGCGAUUAUUCAAACUGUACCUAGCAAGAUUUUGAAAGCCGCUUUUCCAUUUUGUGCGACAAAACAUAGAUCCAGUCCAGCAGCUUUUUACUUACGUAUUCUGCGUUACGUUAAUGAAAAGCUUUUGCUGGCGUUUAUCAUAAUUUUAUCGCUGAGACAAAAAAAUGCCGCCCACUAAUAAUUGCGAAGUUUUCAAAGCAUCAUACGGAAAAGUACGCGUACUUGCGUCGAAAUAGGAAAAUCGUAUGCGUGUCUACUUUUUACAAGUUAAUAUUAUAGGAACUCCAUAGUUUUCUACUGUACAUAUUUUUAUCCUACAGUCUUGAGAGUGUCAGUUCUCGGUAUACAAUACUUGUGAUCCAGUUAUCUAUCGUACAUAUGUCGCACUUUCAAGUGAUUUUGCUUGUUCUUUGCUAAUGUACUAACGAAAAGAAAACUUACGAACGUCGAUAUUUUUAUCUUUGGGUAUGUUGUCUUGCGUAUUUCACAUUGCCAAAGAUAAUCAUUUCAAAUUUAUUGAGGAUCCGAUACUCGUAGAAAGGAAAAACGGAGAACAAGAUUGCUCAGACGUACUAAAAGAAAUACAAAAAAAGAAAAAAAGAAAAAGAGAAAAAAGGAACGUUCGCCAGAAUCUCCGACUAUUACUCGUUUGCGUAUGUGUCAUAGGCUAGAUAAUAUAGGCUAAAUUUUAUCAAUAUAUUUGUUCAGAGUGCUAGGCAGUAAUUUCUUAGACUAGUUCAAUGUGGCCUUCCUUAAAUGUGUGACCCAAGAUGUAUAUCAGGUAGUCAAAAUACAUCUCGAAAACUUCGAAUAUUUCGAAAAAUUGAAGAUGCGAUGCGGCAACUUAAAUCUCAGAUCGGGCGAGCUUUUCUCAAUCUGUGAAAUAUGUGUAGCCUUUGAUCUGAUUCGGUAUAUAGAUAUAUAUAUAAUAGAUAUAUAUACAACGCAAAUGAUGUCCAUUAUACUACACAUAAAUCUUUGUUAAAAGAGAGGACUUUUCUAACGCAUACUCGCUACACGCAUACACAAAAGCGUGCUCUGGCGUAACAUUUACGCACAGCACAUAGUCACAGUUACGUGUAAAAUAAAAUACAAAAUAUUCGUGUAUAUAAUUACACACAUAUACGUGGAAUAUUAUAUAUGUACGUAUACCUAUACGUAUACAUGUUUAUGUGUGUACGUGCACAUACCUAUGUGCAAGUAUACGUACAACUUGUAUAAGGUAUAUAGAGAAUUUUUAACGUGCAUACGUGAGACACAAAACUAUUCCUACAUACUUACUACAUGUACGUUCUAGGCAAGUUAAUUAGCUCUAUAACGGCCGACUUGCAAAGUUCAGCAUUUCCUCUACUCAAUAUUGAGUAAUCUCUUUCAUACUGAUGAUUUGUUAAGCUCAGGAUAUUUUAACGUUCCAACGCGCGUAUGUACAAUUUCGUACGAAUUCGUUUUAUUAUAAUUUAAGCCGCGAUAUAAUCGCGCAAGUUCGAGCUCCACGAAAACAUCGAACGUCGUUCCGUUCUACGUUCUUGAGAUGCUUGAACGACGAUUAUUUCCGUAUUCCUAUAAAAUUAUAAAACAGGUAUUCGCACAACGACGAGCAAGAGUACUCCGUAUUAGAAAAAAAAAAGGGGGGGGGAAGAAAAUGUGAAUCUAUAUAGUGUCCAACACGUAGGGAUGACAGUAUGAUGAGAUAACGAAACUUAGGUGCAACAUUUUUGCUGUCUGAAGGUCUAACUUUCUUAAUAUCUAAGCUGUAUCAAUCGGCCUGUAUUGUGAUUAGAAAUACUCAUAAAAUCCGGUUGUUGGUUAUCGAAUAUCGGUGAAGCUUUAAUAUAAUCAUCUCUGUACAUAUGUCCGUUAACUCCCAUUUAAGCUGCAUUGUGUACGUAGUGAUUCCCAAUGAUAAAAGGGGGAGAAAAACGGUGUGUUGGAUUAAUUUCUCCGGUACUUCUAUAUCAAUCUUAGGCAGGAGAGACAUUAGUAGCGAAGUAUUUAAUUUAGUUUCUAGCGAUAGUUGUUGUUACGAAUACAAUUUUCUGGCUGUCUUUGUUGCCGAUCACAUUAACGAAACAACGUUUCAGAUUUUCGACUAUAUUGUUCCUCUAUAUCGGCGCGUUUCGCAAAAUUGUUGAAGCUUUACAAAAAGAUUUUAUAUCGGUAUCGUAUUUCUCCUUUGCUCGAGACCACUCGCGUAUUGACUGAUGAUUUUAUCAAUUAUAUCCAUUUAUUUUUACAAGUUGAAAGAUACAAAUUUGAAUUUCACCGAUGGAAACGUGAAUUCUAAAGAAUCACUAUUAUGUAACGUGAAACUGAGUUUCUUGAUUGUUUUAGCCACUUGGACGAACGCGUUUUCAUACGGGUCGGUAUCGAGGAAGCAGAAAUAAAGUUUAUUGACUUUACACGCAGACACAAACUUUCAAACGAUACAAUUACAUCGUGAAUUAUUAAAAGGAAGAUAUAGGAGGCAUCGCGUCUUCGAACUUACUAUACUGAAAUGAAAGCAAUCGCUCGGCUGCAAAGACAACCUUUUGACGGAAAAGGGCCCGGUACUAUCCAGUCUUGCGAAAGGUGCAAGAUAUACAUACAGACUGUUAACUCGCUUUUACAUAGCGCUUACACAUAAUCAUUGGGGACCAUGUCGAGCAUCGUCUCCACGUAUAUCAGCAUAUCUGAGAACCUCAUUUUUCAUUAACACGAAGGAACAUUUGCAUUUCUUCGCAACUUCGUUGUUUGUCUUUCCUUCUUUCUUUCUCUUUUCCUCUUUUCCUUCUCACUUAUUCGUUUCAUCUAAUUUCAGAACUUAAAACCCAUUACCUUUACGUUGAUACUCUUUCGUUUACGUUUCACUUUGUCCCCUGUUUUUUCUUCUCUUCUCUGAAAACGACGAAGGCAACGUGAGCACCGAAGGAGAGACGCGUGUGGUCUGGAAGAGAGUCACACGACGACGUUCGCUCUCUUCUUUUUUCUUUUCCAUUUCAAGAAUCAAACGAGACAAACGAUGAAACACGUGUCCGGGAACGUGUCGAAAGUAUAGUCUUAGCGAAAAUUUAACGAGAACGUAAGAAAGAAAAAAGAAAAAAAUACGAAAAAUAUAUGUCUUUGUUAGGGUAAGAUAGAUUACCGAAUGGCUCAUUAAAGAAAGAGUUCGUACAAUGAAAAAAAUAAGAAGAUUACUUUUGCUUGCGUUAUGUACAUCCAAGAACGUGAUAAAGGGAAACGAGUUUUUAUAGCUCUGUUUAGGCUGAAGAAGAAAGCAAGCAGUGCUUUACAGAAUUUCCUUCCGCAUUUGUCAACGUGUUUAUAUUGUAACUGUGAUAUAUAUAAUGCCAAUUUGUACAUAACUUAACGCUGAGGAACUUACUAUCGCGGUAAGAACACGAUGAACGCAGUCAACUCUCGUUAGUUUCUUUUUCUUUAACGUCGACGUUUCUUUUCUGUUCUCGACAUUUUCGCUUCAGCCAGUUGCUUUUACCGCUAUUCUACGCUAUAACUUGGAAUGUGAUACCGAUAGAUAAAUAUACACGUCCAAUUAUAACUAUGAGGUAUCGGCUAGAAACAUUCUCUUCGAAAAAUUCUGAAACCAUCGAGAUAUACGUUGGCGAUAUUCGCGCUCGUAUCGCGAAUCGUUUUUUAAUAAGUGUUUCAUUUAACAUUUAACCCAUGGUACUUAGCCAGAACAAUUGCCAAUAUCGUGCAAUCAUCCGAAUUAUCUAUGCUAGUACACACGAUCUUUUCAAAGGCUUCUUGUAGCUUUCGCGAAUAAAGUGUCGCGAUAUAACUUUUCUCGCUAUUUCUUCUAGUCUAAUAAACGUUAUGUGAUAAUCCAUUUUCUAUUUUUUUUUUUAAAUAUUCAUGUUCGACUUCGGUUUGCAUUUUAUCAACGUUUCAAUUUAUCAAUAAGCAAGACGGUAAAAUGUUCGUUAUCUGAACUAAGUACAGGAGACAAAAGCGUCUGGAAAAUUAAAUAUUCACACAGUGAGAUAAUCAGUAUUUAGCAUAUCGGUUUGCGUACUAUCGUUAAGACAAAGUUGUAAUUUGUAUAUUCGGUAUAACAUCAAAAUUUAUCGGUAUUAUUCAAUUCUAAAUGUUUCAGACAAAAUUAGAAAAUAUGAAGCUUAUGAAUCUUCAACGUUUAUUUGGUUCAACGUAUAUUUAGUUUUCUCGUCGUCAAAACGAUCUAAUAAAAGUCUUUUUUUUCAAGGACUAAACGUUUUUCCUAUCGAAAAUACGAAUAUCGUGGCACGUAAUUGAUUCGCGUUCUGAUCAUUUAAAAUAUUUUGAAGGAUAACUUCGAAUAUUCGUAAGAGAAUGUUUAGACAGAGGAAAUUCUACUGUACACGAUCAUUAUCUUUUGCCAUUUCUAUUGCGAUACCGAUCUUAAUUUCUAACGCAUACGUAAUUCAUAGAAAGCUGUUAACGUAAUGAUAUAAAUAAUGAUUGUGUUAUUUUUCAAGUUGAUCAGCAUACUGCAUUGUUCGUGGCGGAAACAUUGGAAUCUCGUUGAUCGUAAUACAGAGAAGCGGAUGCUUUUUAUCAAAAUUCUGUAAAAUUAUAGGAAAUCUCUCGCCAGCUGCAACUUCUUCAAACGUUGCGGAUAAAUUUCACUUGCAUAGAAAAAGGAGAAUAGAAGAGAUCACGUAAGAAAAAGUAGCGCCAUUUGCAUUCGUCCAGCUUCUUCUAUGCGUGUACAACUUCUGUUUUCUUCUUCCUGUUGGAAAAGAACACGAAUGAAGCUUUCUCUCGCGUGAAGUUACAUAUUAUAUAUAUACAUAUUAUAUGUGCAUGCGCACGUAUUCAGUGAUUACCUCGUAUCAUAUUUACCUUACGCAGCAUCAUUAAGAAUAGGAACACUAUCUGUACAGAUACGUGUUUGACAAUCCUAUUUAAAUUUGCAUGUGAUAUUAUAAACUACCUAUAAUAGCUAAAUAUAUACGUAUCCACCGCGUGUACAUGUACUGGUACAGGUUGUUUCACUGAUACCGCUAAUGAUACUUUUCUUUCAAAUGAACUUUUGUCCCAUUGAACUUCCGACCGUAAACGUCUGAGUUGCUUCUAAUUGAGAUAGUCGGUGAAAUUUCGGUUUCGGAGAAGAUAAUUGAAUUUUUAUAAAUUGAGAUUAUUUCCGAUUCGGACAAUCAGUUUGUGUGUUUUAAUUAACGCGUGUUAUAAUUAAUAAAUAAAAAGAAAUCGCACGAAAAAGCAGGUUCUAUCGGAUUAGUUGCAUACUGGUACAAGUAUGUCUGAUAAUAUACUGUCUGUUUCUCCUUGCUACCUGAUCUCUUGCCAGUCUUCUCUUACAUUAGGUCUUCUUACGCUGCUAUAUCUUGCAGUUUUGUACAUACUUGUACUUUAUCAAACGUUGAUAUUAUUUACCGGAUAAUUCGAUGUGUCGUAAAAGCUAAAAUUACGUUCUAAGUAAUAAAAGGUAUGCGUGUGUAUGCGUGUAUGUGCGUGUGUUUAAAAUUAGCGAAACAUCCUGUACAUUCCGUAUAUGUACGUUCACAUGCUCGUGUAUGUGAGUAUACAACUAAUUUUGCGAACGCUCACGAGGCAACAAGGAGUUACAUAGGAAAAGUCUUAAUCGUCCAUACAGAGAUGUAUAUAAAGCAGACAAAGUAAUAACGAAGAAAAGUAGACGAGAAACCGACCAAUGUUUAACUCACGAGACUCUCAAGACGUUAAGUGGGUAUUCAUAAGACUCAACUAUUUCUUUGCCGAUAGAUACAUAGGAUGUUAAUAGCGAAAUCGUUCCGCUUAUAUUGGGAUAAUAUUCCCCAAAAUUCCGAAUGAUAAUUAGGAUCAGUACAGGGUCCGGAUAAUUCAUUUUCAAUCGUAUAAGUAAUUGCUAUACGAAUUAGCUUAGCGCGCAACACUAGACAGUGUUUAAUUUCGUUUAUUACGUAUUUUGUACCACUGAUAUCGAGGUCAGUAUCAAUUUUUGUGUUGAAUUUUUUUCUUUUUUCUUUCUUUCAAACGUACAAUUCAAUUUUAUAAAUCGUUAGUGUUUUAUAAUUUGACGUGAUUUAUCUUCGAUUGUCUAAUUUCGAGAUACACUCCGAAAACGCGUGUUCUACGAUCUUUUUUUUAUUUUACUAUUCCUCGUUUGAUCAGAAUUUUGAAAUAGAACCGGCAAUAUUAAAUAUCGUUAUUACCUUCGAUUUUCAAUUUUUCAAUAUACAAUUUUCACUUAUCGAAUUUGCGGUUGCAUUUCCCUUUUCCUUCAGGCUUAUUCCACACGCUUACUUUAAUCUCGAACAAUAUUCAUUUCAUUCAUUGCUAACGUUUAAACAAAAAGCUGUCGAACAACUAGCCAUUUUUCCUUUGAAAUUGUUUUCACUGCCAAAAUUGCUUUGAUUUCUUUGUGAUUAUUUUUAUAUCGUAAGAAAGAUAAUCGUACAGUCGUGUUCACGCACUUUUGGAUCUAGAAUUCUUCCAUAUAUUUUUGGCUAUAAUAAUUUAUUUAUAAAAAUCUAAAACACACGAAAAAAUUUCGAAUUCGUGCCUUUCUGUCAGUUUGCAAUUAUUCCUUCACAAUUGCUCCGAUUUUAGUUUGUUGCAAAUCUAUCUUCUGGAAUAGAUUUCUGUUCCUGAGAUCUCGAAUAACGUAACUCUCGUAAACCGGAAUUAUUUCACCUCGGAUUGCCUAUCGUUUUCUUAAAUCUGACACGUGCUACAUUGUGACCAUGGCACAAAACGUAUAUCGACGAGAUCAACAAGCAGCACACGCCAAAAUUGAUGUGUCGCUGUUUCCAUAUAUUUCCUGAGGCAAAUAGCAAACUUGUUAAUCUGAUAUUUAUAUAUUUUACAACACUCGUUUCUUUGCUAUUCUCUACUUACACCUUGCUAUACAUGUACUUCUAUUCUUUAUCCUAAUACUAUAAAAUAACUUUCAAGUGUUCAAGCAUCUCGUUAAUUUGCGUACUUCGAUAGACACGGAACAUUAUUGGGUAAUUUUAUAAGAAUUUCUAGCUACGUUUUUUAAUAGGAUAAAUAUAUUAAGUUUAAUAGAUAUUAUAAACGAUAUUAAAUACUGUCUCGAGCUGAUAUUUUUAUUUUCGAGCGUGUAGAUUUUUAUUUCAGAGUAGCCAGAGUCAGUUGGUCCAGGUCAUUCCAAUUGGCGAGUGUCAAUUACUUUGCACUUGUUAGUCUUCGUUUCGUUCUCGAUUCGUUGUAGCAUUCGUCAAUGCACGAAUUGCCUGAACGUUAACUCUUACCCACAUUUAUUCUACGAAUAUCACGGUGUUUAGUUCCACGUGAAGUUGAAUUAAGUUCCCAUAUAAUUCGAUUAAAAUAGUUCGAUAUAUAGUCAAUAAAGGUGUCGCGGUUAUCAAUCGCUGAGCAAUUUACACCAUUGAUUAAUAAUACGAUAGUAAUCGACCAAUAGAACAAUUUCGCCAUGGAAAACAUUUAACUGUUUGGCACUAAUGGAAACGCGAUGCGUUCAAAACUACCCAUUCCUACAAAGUGAACACGUAUGCCUAAGAUAUACAAACACUUACGUAACGUGGAUAAAUUAUGGGUAUUUGCCCAUUUAAAAGGCAAUAUUUUUCUUGGAACGAUCCUCGAUCGUAUAUAGACGGAAUGCUAUUGAUAGUAUUUGUACGAUAGUUAACGAUUUUUAUCGCGUACCUUCGAACGCCAGUACAGCUUCAGAGGAACUUUAAAGAUGGUGCAAAGAAUCGUAUUUACGUAAUAAUUACAACAGUUUCGUUUUUCCAUGUAAUCUUCGACGAUAUAUACGCUUUAACGGUCGUGUAAAAUUUAGCUUGAUCGUAAUCUGUAAUUUUCUGUCUCUGUGACGAGUGUGCGUUACAUAGCAGAUUCGAUUCUGUUUCGAAUAUCAUUAAUUUCCAAUCAAAUUAUUUCCACGCGAUUGGCAAAGUAUUAAAAUGUACGAGAAAAACUAUCGAGCUUUUGAAAACGUGUUAAAAGCUAUCUAAAAUCUCGAAAUUUUAUUAUCAGCGCGUCGAAUAGAAAAUUAUUCUUCGUAACCGGGAUCGUUGUUAAUGAUACAUUAACGACUCAUUAGUACGUAUUAGCUUCUGUAAUAAAGUCAACAUCCUCAACAAUGUCUACGAUAUCUUACAUACUUAUAUUUUCUAUUUUAUCCCGUUACUCGUUAGAGCGAUCGGUAUGAUCUUUCGGUUUUCUGGUUCUACUGGCGCUCAUGAUUUUCAAGUAGAAACUGUAUUACAAAACACAAAUAUCUAAAGUAAGAAUGAUUGUAUUAAAUUAAGAAAGAGAUUUCUAAAUCGUAUUAUACACACUACCGUCAGGUCAGCGGAGAGGGGAUGGCGAUUUCGCAAGUUGAGGAUUGUCGUUAUAGGUAACGGAGCUUCAGUUAGAUCCGAGUUAAGAGUUACUUAAUUUCGGAAUAUUUCGUUUUAAUUUGCAUUCUAUGUCUCGCGCGAUAAAUACGAUCAUCGAUCGUGUUCGUCGCCUUUCUAGCUCGUAAAUUAAGAUAAUACUCGAAAAUUAAGUAAAGUAAAUCGAUGGAAACUUUUGUGGAUCUCCCAAAUCCCGAUGAUUCCAAUCAAGGAUUAAAUGAAAAAUCUGUAAAUUAUCGAAACAAGGGAAGAGAUAACGACAAGUAUAUAAUAACAAGUUCAAUAUGCAAUAAGUGUACGUUCAAAGGAAAAGAUACUAAUAUAUAGAAAAAAAAAAAAGAAAUUGUACGUAGGUAACAUAGUAUUGGAGGAUGUAUUGUUCGUGUUAGAAUGACUAGCUCUGUCGAAGCCUCUGUAUUUAAUAUCGGUGUGACUUUACCUUUCUUUAACAUCCGAUAAAGAAAGAGGUGGUUCUGCUACUGCUUAGAAAGUUUCUAAUAUUAGGUGUGACAAACUAGCGAUAGGUAUUUAAUUUGUUUCCGCCUAGAAGCUUCCUAAGAGCUUGACUCAACAAGUUCGAGGUGCUGGAACUUUCAAAUAUUCUUAAAAGCUGCGAAUUUAGUGGAUUCGAAAAUUGACUUCGCUCUCGACGACAUUGUUUGAGAGACUUUGAGAGGACGAUGCGUCCCUUUCCUUGCAACUUUUUUGUAGUUUUUAUUAUUACAUGUAGGUAAACAUAGAGGCCUAUCGCGUGUGCAACUUGUUUCGAAAUUAUUGGUAUAGAUUGCCAAUAUAAGGCAAUAUACCUUUCGAGAAAGGUUGCUAUGAAGAGCGAGUAAAAAGUAUUUAUUUCUUAUUUAUAGAUAUGUCGUUAACGCGUAUCUAUUUCUCUCUCUACCUUCCUUUACCAUCUUUCAUCAAUUAUAAAAAUGUGGUCGAAAUUGAAUACUUAAUAUACUGUUUUUUAAAUUAUAUAAUCGAACAAAUAUUUUAUUGAGAUAAAUAAAUCUUUGGAAAUAAUGAUAAUUGUAUUGUGUAUUAUAUAACAAUACACGGAUAAUUACAUUAUGCGAUAAUGUAAUUAAAGGUAAAUAAACCGGUGGGAAGAUUAAGUUGAUCUAUGAACCUAUUGACGUUGAAAAAUUUUUUUACGUAAACCUUUUUACACAGUCAGUCAGUCUGUACUUAUAAUUCGAAGCCUCGGUGCAAACUUCUAGUGUAUUUGUGCUUUUGCUACUAUCUUCCUAUCCGUCAGUCGGUAACUUAGUAAUAAUUUAGUAAUAAUAACGUUAAGUCAUUGUUUAGCGGCUAGCGACUCAGAAACGUUUUUAUCGAAUGUUUGUACGAUUUGUACGAUUGAUUCCAUUCGAAACUUACACUCGAUCGUAUCGAACUCUCGAGAUCUGAAACUACAUGUCUCACGCGUUCAUCCACUCGAAUAAACAACUUCUCUAAUGCAGUAAUUGAAGCACAUGUAUAUGUAUAAAAAAGAACAUUAUCUUAUCUCGAAGAUCGAUAAAAUAUUCAGUUCGAAAAUCGACUAAUCCACGGUGAUAGCAAUUUCGUACUUUUCGAAUUAACGAUUGUAAAUCGUUCUAUCAGAAGAUAUCGAUGAGCUCUUAUAAACUCGUGUACCACAAUCGAAUAGAAUUACUCGAUCGAUGAAAUAUCGAAUAUCGAACGUCGUGUUAUCGAUGUGAAAAAUAGAUAGACUCGAGGAGCAAACGCUGAGAACUUACGUAUGAGUAUUUCUGAUACUAGGAGAAGUCAAGGACCGUAGGGAACACAUAUAAUCAGAAAGAUACAGAGAGAAUUUGUAAUUCCUGAUUAGGAAAGAAGAUAGUAAAGUUUAGUUACUUCGAUGUUAGCGAUAGUUCGCAAAGAUUCGAAAGAGAUAAUAGGCGAGUAGAGUUGUGAACGAGAAGACGAAAUCGAUAAUUAGUAACGAUUAGUAAACGAUUAAUAGAUAAAUAACAUAUUACACGUACAUAUGCAUAUACAUAUAUGUGGACAUUUACGUGAGUAAUUCGUAGUAAAACGUCGGAAACGGACGAUUAGAUAAAUUAGAUGAUAUUUGUACGCGUGUACAAGGAAAGGAAAAUUUGUGGAAUUCGAAAUAGCCGGUGAAUACGGCGUUUAGAGAAAUUUCGCUGGUAGGAGACGGACAAAUCUUAGAUAUCGUUUAAUAUUCGAUGUCAAACCUCUGGCGAGGUUCGCUACUUUGCCGCUGAUACUCGAAUCACUGUUUGCUCGUUGAUGCACCUAUUAUCGAGAACUCUUUGGAGAUUAUCGACGCUGACGAGCAACGAUGGGUUAGUUCAAAUUCUUAGCAUAAUUCUCCGCUAAUCCUAGACGCGUAUACUAUAAUUUUUUAUUCCUGCAAUACGCGUCGAUGGGGGGUGGUGCGUUUAAUUGUAAAUAAUCUGAGCGAUCUUUUUUCGACGUUUCUCUCGUUCGAGAGAACGUUAAAAAAAAUGAAAUUACGCGACAAUUAUACGCGUAUCGUCAACGAUCCUUCUUCGUUUCUUUUUCGUUUGUCUCUUUGAUUUUAUCGCCUGUGGUAUUCUUUUUUUUUUUCUUUUUUUGUUUUCUCUUUUACUUUUUACUUUUUUUUAUACAUAUAUAUCGACUUAGCUUAAGGAUUUCAUAUUUACGAUAAUUCAUAGAAUAAUUCCACGAUAGGAUAUCGUAUUAUUAUUGAUCAAAGAAACACGUUAAAACUGAAAUAUUUUCCCUCGUUUUCGUUGCUUAACAACAAUGAACAAAACGGAAAUACGUUUCGCAUCUUCCCGAUGUUUCAAACGCAUUUUGCCAAAGUUUUAUUCCUGCUUCCCUUCGUUAAUUGAUUUAGCUAAUUUACCGUAUUUAAUCAGUAUAGGUAAUUAUAGUAGAAAAGUUAUAUUUAUUUUCCUUUCGAUUAUACCAGCGAUGAUUGUUUUAACGUUGUUUGCGCACCGUAACACGUCACAUAUCGAUGAUUGAUGAUGAGUGUCAGCGUUAUCUUGCCAGUAGGGUGAUGAUUAACAUAAUUCUACUUGUUUCGCGUUGAACAAAAAAAAAAGGGGAAAAAAAAAUAAAAACAGAAGAAAAAGGAAGGAAACAAGUAAAACGCAAUCGUUGAGAAUCAUUCGUGUCGUUAAAAGGAGAUAUCACAACUAUUGAUAGAUUUAAUGCAAAUGGAUAAUUAUAUAUCUUCUUGUCUAUGGGGUCGGGGCUAAAUGAUAAAUGGAAGACGAUUCAGAAAAUUCGUUUCUUUCUUCCGUUGAACGUAUUGCAAAAGAACAUUGUCCGCGUAGUAACUCUAGAAAAUUUUUCUAGCUUAAUAAUGCUUUCGCGUAAGCGACGAUGAUAUUCUAUUCCAACGCGUUCGACGUUAUUAGCCGAAGAAACGAAUUUUUCAAUUUCACGUUUUCUCUUCGCUUUCAAGCUACUAUCGCGAGAUACUAGCUUUAUAUGAUGUAUAUGUAUAUAUGAUGGACAAACAGAGAAAAAGAAAAAAAAUGGACACAAUCGUAUGCAAAAUUGCAUAAGUGGUAAGAGCAGUGUGGAAUUGUCGCUUUCGCCGCUAAUAUCUAAACUAUGGAUCGCUGCUACGGAUCCUCAAUCAAAUUCAGCGAUCGAAUGUCGCAAUCAUCGGUACGCUUCAGUGUCCAGGAAAAUGAAAAACGAGGGGGGGGGGGAGUGGGGGAUUGAAACAAAAAAAAAAAAGGAAAAAAAAGGGAGGACAGAGGAGGAAACGUAUAAAAUAAAAGCAGCGUUGUAUCGCCGAUGUUUAGAAUGUUCAGCGAGUAAUUUAGAUCGCAGAUUGAAAGUUCUCAGGGAAAUGCAACCAGAAGAGAGGCACGUAAGCAUAAGAAAUGCUCGGCCUGAUCGAUAUUCUUUCCUGGUGCUGACGAAGGAUCUCGAUAAUUUGAGAAAAUCUCGAUGAAAAUGUGACGAGGCGGCUGUUACUGAAAUUUCUAAUGAAAACGAAAACAAUCCCACGUAACUGAGUCAUCGAUACAAAAAUCAAUUCUCGGAACGUUCUUCGUAUCCUGAGUUUUUCCACCUUGGUAAUUUUUGGUGACACCAGAAUGACACGUUCCGCGAGGAACGAACGUUGAUACCAACGGGAGAACCGAUAUUCUUGGUCCUAACGCUCUCUAAUAUAUCAUUGCCUCGUUAUUUGUCACUGCUACUCUUUUCUACUUUUUUAUAUUUUACAUGGUUUACACGAUAGAACACAUUUUGUACGUUGUAAUAUUUCUUAACGGUUACACAAGAGCGAUCGAGACUACGUAAACCGAAGAUAGUUACGAGAGACAUAAAACAUUCUGUUUCGACGACACGAUUUCUCAUAACGAAUUGUCGAGAUCCUUCGAGAUCCAGCUUUUCGCCGCCUCAUCGAACGAGAAAAGGAAGUGCGAUCUCCUGGCCAUCAUAUUAUACGCGUAGGUUUGUUCGUUCGUACGAAGACAAUCGUUUUACUUCGAAAAGUAAAAACAAAAAAAGAAAAAAAGACAAAAAAGAAAACAAUAAAAAAAAAAUGGUAUUCCAAUCUUCAGGGUAACGGGUCAACGAUGGUCGAGUAUUAUCGAGAAAUUAAACAAAUAAUGAAAGAGAGAUAAUAAUUAAACAAAUAAUAAAGAUGAAGUCUAAAUAAACAUCGACAUCGCGAAGAGAAUACUGCUUGGUUUGCGGACCAUUAAAUACCAAAUACUAUACAACGAUCGCGUUACAAUAGUUAUUUAACAUAGAUUUGGAACGCUAGGGAGGAUAGCGACGGGAACGGUUGAAGACGAUUUCUCCUUCAUCGGAAUAAAGUCUACUUCGACGAGGAAGCGUGAUCGAAAUCCAAACGCGGGAUUUCUUUACCGUUUUUGCGGUUGUCGGUUAGUAAAUUUGAUUGAGGACGUCAUUUGUAAGGAAUCACCUAUAGAUUCGUGUGCGUUUCUCUAGUGGUAACUCGAAGAUCGAUUAGCUUUUUCUUACUAGCACAUUUUUUCGUAAUAACGAUCAAGGUAGAAACGAGAGAGAAAGAGAGAAACAGAGAGAGAAUGCGAGUUCGGUCUUAGAAAACUUGUCGCGCAAGUCGAUCCUGGAUACUGUUACAGACGUAUGGCCUGGAGGGGUUUUUUUUUUUUUUUUAAGAAAAGGAACCUUGACCUUUUACACGGCUGCAAAAGUUCCUCGAUCGCGAAAGAAGACUUCAAUUCAGUUUUUCGUUUCUUCUAUUUUCCUCGGUUCGAACCUAAGCGAAAGAAAGAAUCUCACUUUUCAUCGCCGCUUAUAAGAUUCUUGUACUUCUGACUGUUUCUAAAGGAUCGCAAAUCCGGUAUCGACGCUCUUGAAGAAGAAUUUCGAGUGUCUUAUUUUUAGGCGUACAUUUCGGAAAGAUUGGGCAAAAAUUUCGGCAUAAAUGCGUAAAUCAGAGCGCGAAAGCAAGAAUUUAUGUAAAUAUAUGUGCAUGAACGAAUUUCAAAGUACUUUGGAAGUGUUCCGCGUAAGUUCCGAUACACGCGUACACGCUAUUUUACUAUCAGUUACCAUAAGAUUUUCGGAGUCGCUUAAAGAUGUUUAAAGGGGCGAAAUUAGCACAAAUAUUUUCACUAAUCUCUUAUUUUCGCUGUAUUUACUAUUAACAUUAUUACUAUUUUAUUUAUUUUUCGCUACAGUCUCGCUAUUUCGGUGUUUGCAAUAUUUGAUCUUAAUGCUACGUUAAAUUAUAAUUAUAAAAAUACGUAUUUCCUUAUUUUAACACGUACAACAUGUAAAAGUGGUUUACAAUUUUUGCCCAACUUUCUUGAAACGUCUCGCAGAGAGGAAUAAUUAUUUUUCGCGUAACGAUCUCAGUGAUUUUUAUUAGGUACGAAAAAUUUCACUCGAUCGCUACACUAGUCUAUCAUCGCUUACGUAGCUUCCAUAGGCCGAAAUACAGAGCUCGAUUUUAUCGUGUUUCGAACAUAUCGGAAAAUCCUCGGAAUUCGCGUGCUAUCAGGGUUGCACUUUGCUCGUGAAGCAUCGCAUAAUCUCGUGUCACUUGCCAUGAAGAAAAGAAAUACGCAGCAGGUGCAGAAUGUUUCGGGUCUAAUUAUUUGCUCACGCGUGUAUGUACACGCGGCAGACGUUUGCUAUUCGCCUGCGAUUCCAUUGCGAACGAUACUUGUCGAAUUUUGAACGUCUCGCGUGGUACACGUGGAUACGUAUCACGGACAGAAACAAAGUGCAAAUCCCAUCGGACAUAUUUUGUCAUGACGUUCGAUCAUAGAACGCGAAUCUAUGCCUCGAUGUACGAGCCCCGAGCGAUUAGGAUUAUGUCGAGCCGUUACACUUAAAUAGCGAAUUCUGCUAUCUCGCGCGGUGCUUAAAAUUUGACUGAACAUUAACAUUGCGUCCAUGUGUAUCAAAUUUUAAGCAAACAAAGUAUCACAACGUAUGUAGAUAAUAUCGCGGAAGAAAUUAAACGAAAAAAAAAAAAGAAAUAAGAGAGAGAAAGAUAUGUAAUGGAAAAAUAUAUAAGUGUGGUCGAACGAAGAGAUGGUAAAAGAUGAAAAAUAAAAAAAAGAAAGAACAGUGCUCAAAUCUUAAAUGGCUAUGCGUCUCGGCGUGCAUCUUUUUAACAAGUCAUGCGUGCAGAACAUUAUACAUUCACACAUAUACACACACGUACGUACAUACAUACACUAAAGACUGUAGAGAUUCUUGGAAAAAAAAACGACGGUAACUCUCACCUUCUGUAAACUGCACAAAAUAAUUUUUUACGGAUCCAUUAAUAUUCGUGUAAAUGUGUUGUUAUUUACGACAGUGCCACCGAAUCGGAAAACGCGAGAAAGAGGAGAAAAAAGAAAAGAUACAUUCGUUCACUUUCGUCGUCGUUUUUUCACAAGCGAUCGUGUACGUUUGCGUAUACUCGAUAAAUCUUUAUAUUCGUUACGCUUAACUCGUAUCAACGUUGUGUUACUCUACGACUGUUUUUUAAAAGAGAAAAGGUUCGUGUCAGGAGAGUAAUUGCGAUAAAGUACACUAUAUACUGCCGGAAAAAAAAAAGAGAGAAUCAUUAACCGAGGUAUAUCAUCGAUAAUUUUAGCCCAAGCGAUGACGCUCGAUUCGUAGAUAUUGUAUGGGACGAAUUAGAACAAUGGUACAAUAAAGGUGGUUUUUACUAGAAUUCCAUUACAAAUUUCUUAUUUGUGUUCCUGAAAUCUCUCGGAUAAUCGAUUAAAUCUCAACUGAAGCGUUUUUGAUUGAUAUUGCUUGCGGAUUCGGAUAUUUUCAUAUUACUGGAGAAAGCAUUUUUUAAUGACUUUUUUAAGUGCCACUUACUAGCAUACGGUUCUUCUUCUUUCUUUUUUUUAUUGCGUACAUAUAAACAAUUUAAAAGCCGGAAUAUUCCAUUGAGACCUUUAAAGCGACAAACAGAAAAAAGAAACUUAUAAAUAUUAAGAAAAGAAGAAAAAGAAGAAACGAUUUGACCAAUUUUUAAUAUCAACGCGUACGCUUUUGCUUGCGCAUCGAUUAGUUUCAUAAUUUUCCGUUUGCGUUUGAGCUUAUUUCUCUCGUAUUAUUGUUUUACGCGUGACAAAACGAAAACAAAAGGUUUGCUCGAAUCGAAGAUGAGGCAACGGCAAUAAUAAUGAUUGGCGCACGUGUCGUGUCUGAUCGACUCUCUAGCUUGUUCGUUUGUUCAACUUCUUCGAUGCUUUUGGGCUGUGAUUUUACAACGCUAAUAACCCAAAAAGGUCGCACUAUUUAUUCUCAAGUGAAACUGAAUCGACAAUCCAACUAAACCAGAGAGAACUUUUAAGGACUUUAAAAACGACGUUUUCUUAUUAGCCCUUUCUUCGACGUUUAGACAAGAGAAUUCUUCGGCAUCCUUUAACUUAAGCGCCAGUGAAUAGAUGUUUACCGCGAUAACGUGGAUCGUACAGUUUUUCGGGUAAACGUAAUAUUAUAUGGAUGAUGGUGAAACAAUUUCUCGGAAUGGGAGAAAAAAUGGACGUUGCAAAAUAUAAAGGAAAAGAACGAGUGGCCAGAGCAGAGAAGCAAAUAGCGUAACAGAUGGGUGAGCUUGGAUAUGAGAGAGAAGGAAAGAAAAUUAAAUCUGUCGUUCUUAGUGUUUUUUAUAUAUAUAUUAUAUAUGUUUACGUUUCAAUGUACACUACGAAUCGUAUUAAUGAUACGUAUAUGAUAAUAUAACAAUAAUAUAUAUUAUAUACAUAUAUAUAUUAUAUAUAUAUAUAUAUGAAUGAUAUAUCGUUAAAUGGGCUGUGGUAGAAACCUUUAUAUACUUUAUACACCAGACGAGUCGGAUCCUCUUGUUUCGUUUGUCUUUCGAGAGAAAUGAACAAUUAACUGACUAUAACGGAAGGAAAUACAAAGGGAAAAAACAAGAACGAAACGAACAAAAUGAUCGAAAAGUAUAGAUAGAGGCAAGACGUAUAUGUGCACACGAGAAAGAGAAAGAAAAAGAGAGAUACGGCAUCAUUUUACAAAGACGCUUCAGUCGUUUGAGUGCGUAGCCACUUGUCCUAUAUUCUGUCACACAACGAUUACCUUGCACAAAAUGUACCUAAUUAUACUUAAAUAGUAGGAUCCGUCUUAAUGAUUGUCAAUAAUAUUGUACCUACUGUACCCGUGGACACGGGCAAAUUAUGAUAUUAGACUUUAAGGCUGUAAGGCGUAACUACGAUUAGAUAGAAAACCCAGUCGCUAAACAAACUGUAUAACUGUGAUGCACCUGCUUCGAAGGAAACGCCUCGAAUUCUGUAACGAGUAUAAAUGCAGAAUGCUAGUUUUCGUACUUAGUAAAAAAUAUUGUUACGAUGCCUAUUGUUUUAGGUCUUUCCUUUCCCCUCUCCUUCGAAACUGUAUUUCUUUUCUAUUGUACUAGUUUAAUUUCAAGAGACAGACGUUUCUAAUGGAAACUGUUUGACCAGUGACUACUUAUAGUAUUGCAAUGUGUAACACAUAACCUCUCGGUGUAAUAUUGACAUUUAGAAGCUUUUUUUGCGAUGUUGUUACCUGAAAGAAUACUUAGAUAAUAAUAUACAUUAAUUCUAGAGAAUAUUAGCGUUAAUUGUACGCACGAUGUUUUCCAUGACGUUGAGAAGAAAACUUUCGACGAGUUUUCAUAAUAUCGUUUUAAGGAAUCGGGCAUUAAUCGUUUCGUUGCAUCGAUAGAUUCGUUGUUCUUCUGUUUUGAUUAGUCUAAAAAAACAUACUUGUUCUUUUCUUUUUUAAUCGUUUUGCUGUUUUUGAUUCUUAAAAAAAAAAAAAAAAAAAAAACAAGAAACACGAAAGUAAGCAUGCACAAUCGCAAGUCCCUUCUAAAUUACUUCUCGUCGUAAAGUAAACGUAUAUAUCAUCUUCGAAGCAGCGUGCACGAAUAAUCGUUCAUAUGAAUGUCAUAGCCUUAGUUUCGCUAGUUGAGAAGAAGAAAGAAUGUUUUAGAUCCUUGCUCAAUAAAUAAAAUAUUAAUUUCGAUGUCACAAAUUAUAUACCGAUAUUAAUUUUAAGUUAGAUUCCCAAAGCAAAACAACGUCGACCAUUUUUGCGAAACGAAUCGAAUUGAAUAUACGUACAGUUUAACAUGUAAGUACACGUGCAUAGUAAUAUGCCUAAUAUGAGCAACGGAUUUUCGUAUUCUCGUUAUCGAUAAUUAGAUGAAUUGUAGUUGUCCGGUCGACAUCUAUCAACGAAUCGUUUCUUUCCGAUUUUUAAUUUGCGUAAUUCUUUCGCGUCAGCAUUUUCGAGUAAACGUCGCGAAGUUUGUCUUGCGUGCGUGUCUAAAAUUGCAUUCUUAAACUCGCGCCGAUUUCCGUCGAUUUCCGCUCACUCUUUCAAGAAAUGACAGAAAGGAUUCGCCGGAGGGUUCCAAACGAAACAUUUGUCUCGCAAAGUUGGACACACACAGGACCAUGUUUUCGUAAAAGUAGAGAUAAGACCUGAGCUUAAUGUAUUCUCUCGUGAAACCAUGUAUAAAACUCCUGUUUGUACCUUACUAGUUUACUAUGACGCUAUUAUAGAUUACGUAUAGAGGAAUUGAAAGUGAAAGAAAAAAGCGGUCGAAUAAAUAAGAUGAAAACAAGAGAGCGCGCGAGAGAGAAAGAGCGAACGAGCGAGCGAAAGAACGAGAGACAAAACAGAUAAAGAGAUAGGAAUGUUUAGUGUCCAUUUGAAGAUCACGUUAAGUCCUUUAUUUUUCGCUACGAAGCGACGAAAAAUUAGUGUUAGUAUAAUUAGUAACAAAAAAUGCAUAUAAUUAUCGUGCUUUCGCUUCGAGAAUGUUUCAUAAUUCUGAUUAGAUUGUUUUGUGGCGUAUCAGAUAUAACGCCGUUUGGUGAAAGACUAUAUCAGCAAGGCUGGUGAUUAGACUCCGAUUAGUUUCCUUCUUUAUGUUAAACAUGUUAACGGUUUAGCAAAUGUGUUUUACUGAAAGUGUCCUUCCUAUGUAAAUUUACUUGUUUGUCCUCAUAAAUUAUAAAUAAAUAAUAUCUUUCGUGUUCACGUA